AUGGUUGCGACUGCGAACGCCAUUCUCAAGCGGCUGAGGACUGUGAAACUCGAUCGCUCACAAGCGGCAUCCGAGAGUCUACCAGAUUACAAUAACGCUGUCGAAUUUCCCGAUAACACUAGCGAUGUUCCCGGUUCACCCGUCUCUUCAAUCGAGGUGCUCCAGGAUGCGCCCACGACUUCCUCACUCGACCUCUCAGCGGGAUCUAAGCAACUCCGCGAUGACGCCGAUAAGAACUUGCAACAAGCACAAUUUGCACACUCGAAUGCAAGUUCUACUCUGGCCAAGCUCCAGGGCAAGCAGGAAGAAGCUUUUGAAGCAGCGCGCUAUGCCAGCGAGGCAUACGCCAAAGGCCUCCAUGAUGAACUAGAUCCGCAUUACUUCCAGACGGACGACGAUAGACCUCCCCACAAGCGCCGACGCAGCACAACUAUUGAUCAUGCCAAAAGGGAUCACUAUGUGCACCUGAAAGAGACCUCUCAACACUGCCACAAUGCCCUUAUUUCCCGGUCGACAUUUCACAAGUGCUCUCGUUGCUCGUCCCAUCAUGGGCAUCGGAAGAGGAAAUGGUCGACCGCUUCUUCCCCGCCACAGUCGCAUGCGUUUGUCUUCGCUGCGCCUAUCCUGUGCAGAUACCUGUUGACCCGUGCCAUUCCCGUUCGUAGUUACACCAAGGAAUGA